UAACCCUUUUUAGCAUAUCCUCUGGGUUUUAGCCGAUCGAGACAGAAAGUAAUCACAUAUGCACACGGGUUCAGCUACAAUGAAGAUUUGUGGUUACACUUUUAUCAUUUUAGCAUAUAUAAUUGCUUUAGCUUCCACCGUUGCUGCUGCUGCCACAGCUUCCAUAGACCUGUCAACUGCCAUUCUCAUAAGGGUUGAUCAAUCUGGUAAAGGAGAUUUUAAGACAAUACAAGAUGCCAUAGACUCCGUUCCUCCUAAUAACUCUCAAUUAGUAUUCAUUUGGGUUAAGCCUGGAAUAUACAGAGAACGAGUUGUUGUUCCUGCUGAUAAGCCCUUCAUAACAUUGAGUGGCACUACGGCCUCCAAUACCAUAAUCACAUGGAGCGCUGGAGGGGAUAUAUAUGAGUCUCCAACACUAUCUGUAUUGGCUUCUGAUUUCGUCGGACGAUAUCUCACAAUUCAGAAUACAUUUGGGAGUGGUGACAAAGCUGUUGCACUAAGGGUAUCAGGAGAUAAAGCUGCGUUCUAUGGUUGUAGAAUUCUCUCUUAUCAAGACACUCUCUUGGACGAAACAGGAUCACAUUAUUAUAGCAAUUGCUACAUUGAAGGAGCUACUGAUUUCAUAUGCGGAAACGCUGCUUCACUCUUUGAAAAAUGCCAUCUGCAUUCGAUUUCCAGGAACAAUGGAUCAAUUACUGCUCAACACAGAGCUUCUCAGUCAGACAAUACAGGUUUCACCUUCUUGGGUAGCAAGAUCACUGGCAUUGGAAGUGCCUAUUUAGGGAGGCCAUGGGGUGCUUAUUCUAGAGUCGUGUUUGCCCUUAGCUACAUGUCUGGUGUCAUAGUCCCGCCUGGAUGGGAUAGCUGGUCUGGCCAAACCAGGCAAAGUACGGUGUUCUAUGCGGAAUACAAGUGUUAUGGUCCUGGAGUAGUUAAAUCAAAGAGGGUUGAAUGGUCACAUGAGUUAUCCGCUGAAGAGGCUGCACCCUUCUUAACCAAGGACAUGAUUGGGGGUCAAAGUUGGCUUAGGCCUGAUCCAGCCUACUUUAAAAGAAGAGGCUUAAAGUUGACUGUCAAGGCUCAUCUUGGCAACAACUAGAAAGAUUUCAUAGCUACAUCCUAUUAUUUAUUUAUUACCCCUCUCUCUACUUACCAAUUAUAUAUAUAUUAAUUGUUUUAUUCAGUUUUACUGUGAAUAUUACUUCAUUUAUUUCCCUCUUCAUGAAAGAGGUAUUGA